AUGCUGUGUGUUCAUGACUUGUUCGAUGAUCUGCGUGACGGUCGAGUGCUUUUGCGAUUGCUAGAACUACUAUCUGGCAAAUUUCUCGCUGAGCCACAUCAGAGUCACAUGCGUAUUCAUCAGUUGGAGAAUGUGAGCAAAGCACUGCGAUUCCUAUGCGCUCAGGGUGCGCAUAUAGAGAAUUUGGGUGCACAAGAUAUCGUGGACGGAAAUCCCCGAUUGACUCUUGGAUUGAUUUGGACCAUCAUUUUGCACUUCCAGGUUCAAACAAUUACGUUGAAAGAAUCCGACGAGACCGGUGAGGUUCGACAUGCACGAGACGCAUUGUUGCUUUGGUGUCAGCUGAAAACGGCCGGAUAUCCACAAGUUCUCGGUAUCUUUAUCCCGUGUAUAAUUACGAGUACGAAGGUGUUGGUCUCAGGAUCGGAAUCGCGGUGA